UGCUUCACCCUCUCUUCUCACUUUACUGACACUUAGUCCCCGGAAUCUCGAAUUUCCGACCGGUCAUAUUUCCGUCAAAGAAGCUGACACAACCCAACCUUUCUUUUCUUUUCUUUUACUCCUUUCAUUGUUUCUCAUAUAUGAUCUCUUUCUUUACACCCAAUAAUAAAAGCAAUUGUUGGCUGAAGCUACAAGUGCAAUGAAUUUAACCUUUGCAGCAUAGUAGGCACCACUUAGCCACUGCCAACCCUUCCUUUCUUAAAUUUUCUCUUGUGUUGUGUGUAUUUUUGGAAUCUCAAACCUUACCAUUAAUUAUUAUAUUAUAUGGAUAAUACUAGUGAUAUUUAUUCUUACUCUGCUACCAUUAAAAUCCUCCUUUCUGUAAUUAUUCUUUUAUAAUACUAUUAAUAUCAUGCUUUCUUUUAUGGUUCCUAAAAGGUAAAAAAGGUUUCAUAGUAUUCCCCUUUUAAUACUAAUAAUCAGUGGCACGCUUUAAUUUCAAAACUCGUUUCUCUUCUGAUGCUCCUUUCUUAAAGGCAGUGAACAGUGAGGACUCUUUUUCUUAGAGUAUUGUUCUUUCAUACAUGCUUUAUCAAUCGCAGAAAGGCAAGAGUUCCCUCUAUAAGCACCUGGUCUGGUCCCCAAAAUCUAUGUUUGCUUCCUCUUUCUUGCACCCUAGCUAUAUAUGUUCCAAGCUCGCCUUUUUUCUUUGAUUUCCCUUAAAAGCAUUCAAAAUCUCAUUAACUCCCUUGCAAUUUGUCAUCAAUUAAUUUAUUAUUAUGUUCAUGCAUGGUGAAGUAUUAUAUUAUAGUCUUGUUUUAAUUUAACUUUUCUUGCUUUCCCAUCAUUACUCAGAAACAUUGCCUUUUGAGGUUGUUUUUGUUCUGUUGCAACAUCUAUAAUCGGAAUCCUGCUUGGGCAUUUAGUUUUGCUUUAGUUUCACUGAAUCCAAAUAAGAAAACAAAGUACUCUAGACUCUAGUAGUUACCUUUGUAUGAACGAAGUUUUCAACAUUGGUUCAGACUAUCAGAUUCAGAGCUAUAGAGGGAAAUUAAGGUGAAGUGGAAAGGUUCAGUUCAUAGUUGAAGUUGGCGUAGUUGGAGCACACAGACACAGUUGUUGCAGGCAUUAAAAGCAAAGGCAGCAGUUACAACAAUCCGCACGGAUAUAUACAUGGCGUAAAGCACAAGAACUACUUGGCAAGUGCAAUGAAGGAUCCAGUGGAGGAUCAAGUGAAAUCUAGGAGGGCAGUGCAGAAACCCAAGGAUUUUAGAAGAAGAGAUAGAAGAAGAAACCAAUGCAAACAAGAGAAAUUACAAGACACACAAUUGGUUUCCUCUGCUUGCAAAAGUCUUGUGUUUCCUGCAAGGCCUGGCUAUGGCCAGCUGGGGACAAAGUGUCUGGUCAAAGCCAACCACUUCCUGGCAGAUAUAUCCGCAUCUGACUUGAGCCAUUACAAUGUUAAAAUAACACCUGAGGUUACUUCUCGUAAAACAAGCAAAGCCAUCAUAGCUGAGUUAGUGAGGCUUCACAGGAACACUGAUUUGGCAAUGAAGCUUCCUGUUUAUGAUGGAGGAAGAAAUCUCUACACUGCUGGCUUGCUUUCUUUUGCAUACAAAGAGUUCACCAUACUAUUGAGAGAGGAUGAUGAGGGCACUGGUUCUACCAGGGAAAGAGAAUUUGAAGUGGUGAUCAGGUUUGCAGCUCGUGUUAGCAUGAAUCAGUUACGUGAGCUUCUGAGUGGCAAGCAAGUGGACACUCCACAAGAAGCACUUACUGUCAUUGACACUGUAUUGAGGGAGCUUGCAGCUCAGAGCUACGUGUCAAUUGGGAGGUUUCUAUAUUCUCCGGAUUUAAGAAAACCACAGCAGCUAGGUGGUGGCCUGGAAUCGUGGUGCGGCUUCUAUCAGAGUAUAAGGCCAACUCAGAUGGGAUUGUCACUUAAUAUUGACAUGUCAUCAAUGGCGUUUAUUGAACCACUUCCUGUAAUUGACUUUGUUGCUCAAAUUUUGGGAAAAGAUGUGCUCUCAAAGCCAUUGUCAGAUGCAGAUCGUGUCAAGAUUAAGAAGGCCUUAAGAGGUGUGAAAGUUGAGGUUACACAUAGAGGAAGUUUUCGAAGGAAGUACAGGAUUACAGGAUUGACAUCACAGCCUACAAGGGAGCUUAAUUUCCCCGUCGAUGAGAAAAUGAACAUGAAAUCAGUAGUUGAUUACUUUCAAGAAAUGUAUGGAUAUACAAUCAUAUAUUCUCAUCUACCCUGCCUUCAAGUAGGAAGCCAAAAGAAGGUGAACUAUUUGCCUAUGGAGGCAUGCAAGAUAGUUGGGGGUCAGAGAUAUACAAAAGGGCUUAACGAAAAGCAGAUAACUUCUCUGCUAAAGGUCUCAUGCCAGAGACCACGUGAACAAGAGACAGAUAUUCUACAGACAAUUCACCAAAAUGAUUAUGAGUAUAAUCCCUAUGCCAAGGAGUUUGGGAUCAGCAUUGACAGCAAGCUUGCAUCAGUUGAGGCUCGGGUUCUUCCUGCUCCAUGGUUGAAAUAUCACGAGACUGGAAGGGAGAAAGAAUACCUGCCACAAGUUGGUCAAUGGAACAUGAUGAACAAGAAAGUUAUAAACGGAAGCACUGUAAGAUAUUGGGCUUGUAUUAAUUUCUCACGAAGUAUCCAAGAAAGUACUGCUCGCGGGUUUUGCCAACAGUUAGUUCAAAUAUGCCAAAUCUCAGGCAUGGAAUUUAGUCAAGACCCUGUGAUUCCAAUAUAUUCAGCAAAACCUGAUCUGGUAAAGAAAGCCUUGAAGUAUGUACAUUCUGCUGUACUUGAUAAACUUGGUGGGAAAGAACUAGAGUUGUUGAUUGCCAUUCUUCCAGACAACAAUGGCUCUCUGUAUGGCGAUCUCAAAAGAAUCUGUGAAACCGAUCUGGGGUUGAUUUCUCAGUGCUGUCUUACAAAACACGUAUUCAAGAUCAAUAGGCAGUAUUUGGCAAAUGUGGCACUAAAGAUCAAUGUCAAGAUGGGAGGAAGGAACACAGUACUUUUGGAUGCCCUAAGUUGGAGGAUCCCAUUGGUUAGUGACAUUCCAACAAUAAUUUUUGGAGCAGAUGUAACACAUCCAGAAUCUGGAGAGGACCCUUGUCCAUCCAUUGCUGCUGUUGUAGCCUCCCAGGACUGGCCGGAAGUAACAAAGUACGCAGGAUUGGUAUGCGCUCAGCCUCAUCGUGAGGAACUCAUUCAAGAUCUUUUUAAAUGUUGGAAGGAUCCUCAUCAUGGUAUAGUUUAUGGUGGCAUGAUCAGAGAGCUGUUACUCUCUUUUAAGAAGGCAACCGGACAAAAACCAUUGAGGAUAAUAUUUUACAGGGAUGGGGUAAGUGAAGGACAGUUCUACCAGGUUUUGUUGUAUGAGCUUGAUGCCAUCCGUAAGGCUUGUGCAUCUUUGGAACCUAGUUACCAACCUCCGGUAACAUUUGUUGUGGUUCAAAAGCGACAUCACACUAGACUCUUCUCAAACAAUCAUGACGACAGAAAUAGCACUGAUAAGAGUGGGAAUAUCUUACCUGGUACUGUGGUGGAUUCUAAGAUCUGUCAUCCUACGGAAUUCGACUUCUAUUUAUGCAGUCAUGCGGGAAUUCAGGGUACAAGUAGACCAGCUCAUUAUCAUGUUCUGUGGGACGAGAACAAUUUCACUGCUGAUGAGAUCCAAUCUCUGACCAACAACUUGUGCUACACCUAUGCAAGAUGUACACGAUCAGUUUCUGUAGUGCCUCCUGCGUACUAUGCUCAUUUGGCAGCUUACAGAGCUCGAUUCUACAUGGAACCUAAUGUCCAUGAAAUUGCUAAAUCUCGAGGUGCAAGGUCAAAAGAUGAGUCAGUUCGGCCACUACCUGCUCUGAAAGAGAAGGUGAAGAAUGUAAUGUUUUAUUGUUGAAUGAGACAAAAUAGAGAGACAUCUAAGUAGAGAAACAGCAGCAUAUGUAGGAAAAGGAAAUUAAAUUAGCAGAGCUCAGAAAGCUCAAUAUGUACAACCUAACGUGUUCAUAAUUCAUAAUUCUCCGCAUGGAAAAUUUUGACAAAGUCUAGGUUGUUUUUCAGUAUUUCUAGUGCUUAGGGAAGGUAAUAACUUAUGUAGAAAUUAUUUGUGUAUCGGUUUUCGAGCUUCAAGACA